AUGACCGUGGCCAGACUUAGCUGGCGAUUCGAUCCUGAUGUUCCACCUCCUCCUCCACCACAACCCACCGACCGUGAUGCGUCCGACAACACCAGGAUGUUAGAAUCGGUGAUUGAACGGCUCCAGCAGCAGAACACUGCCUUGAUGCAGCAGAACGAGGCUGCUUUACAGAGUUUGGAAGCAGCUCGCGCCAACUCUGAAGCUACUCAGAGGCAAUUGAUGGAGAUCAUUGCCGCUACCAGGAAUACAACAGGAGCGUCCUCUUCAAACGCUACCCACCAGGCAGAGUGGAGUUUAGAGAACUUUCUGCAGCAUCAUCCAGCCAAAUUUGAUGGGAAGUGCCUUCCUGACGAGGCCGAUCAAUGGCUAAGGGAUAUGGAACGAAUAUAUAAUGCUAAGACGUGCCCGGAUGACAACAGGUUGGCGUUUACAGAGUAUCUAUUAACGGGGGAAGCCAUUCAUUGGUGGGCGAGCAUGAAAAUGAUACUUACGGACGCUCAGAGUCCCAUCUCCUGGGAAGUUUUUAGGAACAAGUUCUAUGAAGAAUACUUUCCUGAUAGCGUACGUUUCGCUAAAGAAGUAGAGUUUCUACAGUUGGUACAGGGUGGAAUGUCGGUUUCAGAGUACACCAACAAAUUCAAGCACUUGGUGAGAUUCAACACUAUGACGACCAGUGAGGAGUGGCAGUGUAGGAAGUUUGAGAAUGGGCUGAGGAGUGAUCUGAAAGUGUUGAUAUCCAGCCUAUGUAUUAGGUCGUUUCCUACGCUGGUUGAGAGGGCCAAGGUGUUGGAGAAGAAUGUGGCCGAAGUGGAGCAACAGAAGAAACAACAGCAAGUGGCUAGGGGAUCGGUUUUGUCGAGAUCAAAUUUGAAUCGGAAUAGGACGCCGUACGCUCGUCCAACACAACCAUCGAAUGCAAGUGGGUCUCAAUCUAUGGUUGUUGCCGGACAGUCUGGACAGUAUGGGACAGUUAAAUUUUUUCAAUGUGGAGGACCCCAUUUCAAGUCAUCCUGUCCUCAGUUGGUUGGAGGGAAGUAUUGCAAUCGCUGCAGAAGAAAUGGUUACUUGGAGAGCGAGUGCAAUAUGGGAGAACGAGCGACAAUGAGGCCGCCAAACGCUGGAAGGAUGCAACAAGGUCGGGGUGGACGAGCGCAGGCAGUGGGAAGAGUUUACGCAAUUGCGGGCGCUGAAGCAGCCAGCUCAGGUACACUCAUCAUCAACACUUGCUUAUUAUUUGGAAAGCCUUGCUGUGUACUAUAUGAUUCGGGGGCAACACAUUCCUUCAUCUCGAAGGCGUGUGUUGAGAAAUUGGGUUAG